GGGGGCUUCCCGCAAAACAUAACCCCCGCUCCUCCUCCUCAGACAAGCCCUCCCCGUCUACGCCGCCGCCGCCGCCGCCCCCGCAGGUCACCGGCUUCGAUUCGCGCCGAUGGCGGAAGAAGCAGCUGCCAAUGUGAAGAAGGAGGAGGAGGAGUUCAGCACCGGGCCCCUGUCCCUGCUCAUGAUGAGCGUCAAGAACAAUACCCAGGUACUUAUCAACUGCCGGAACAACAAGAAGCUACUUGGUCGCAUGAGAGCAUUUGACCGUCAUUGCAACAUGGUUCUCGAGAACGUUAGGGAGAUGUGGACUGAGGUUCCAAAGACUGGCAAAGGCAAGAAGAAGGCCCUUCCAGUGAACAAGGACAGGUUCAUCAGCAAGAUGUUCCUCCGCGGCGACUCGGUCAUCAUUGUUCUAAGGAACCCCAAAUGAUUUAGACGAUGACGACACCUCGUAUGCCCCAGAAGAGUCUCUUUGCUAUGCAGUCGCUGUUAAGUUUGUAAUACUGAAUGCUCUAAAACAGUGAGUGUUUAACAGAUGAUAUCAAGUCGAGAUUUAGCAGUGUCGACUACUGGUCCAGUGUUGUAGUUUGGAUGUUACGAGUUUUGCCUGUCCUGUAUCUAACUUGCACUCAUAGUUUCUAUUCAGAUCAUCAAUAUGUCGGCAGAAGACGAUUUAAGUUUGAGAAAUGUUUGAUUUGCCGUUGA